AUGCCUCCACGGACAUCGCCCCGGAAGAAGGCGACUGCUGCCGCCGUCAAAGUCGAAAAGGAGGUCGUCCAGAAAGUCAACGGUGCAGCGGCGAAGGUGAAGGCCAAGGCCACAAAGACUAAAGCCGAGGCUGCCACUCCGAAGAAGGCCGCAAGCAAGAAGCGCAAAGCAGCUGAGGACACCGAGGAUGAGGAUCACGAGUGUGAUAGUCACAACGAGGAGGAACCAGAAGAGAAGGCGAAGGCUGAGCCAAAGAAGCGCAAGACCAAGAAGGAGAAGGAGGCGGAUGCGAUGCCGCUCGCGGGCAGAACAGCCGUCAGCUCGCUCAAGCGAGCCAUGUACAUCGGCGCGCACGUCAGUGGCGCAGGAGGCUGCCAAAACUCCAUCCAAAAUGCCACGCACAUCGGCGCCAAUGCCUUCGCCCUAUUCCUCAAGUCCCAGCGGAAAUGGACUUCCCCAGCGCUCAAGGACGAAGACCGCGACGCAUUCCACGCCGCAGCGAAGGAACAAAAGUACGACCAGGGCGCGCACGUCCUCCCACACGGGUCAUACCUGGUCAACCUCGCCCAAAAGGACAAGGCCAAGGCCGAGCAGGCCUACGACAACUUCGUCGACGACCUGAAGCGGUGCGACGCGCUGGGCAUCAGGCUUUACAACUUCCACCCGGGGUCGACGGGCGGCGAGACCAUGGCGUCGGCGUGCGGGCGCAUCGCGGCGCAGCUGAACCGGGCGCACGCCGCCACCGACAAGGUCGUCACCGUCCUGGAGAACAUGUGCGGGCACGGCAACGUCAUCGGCGGGCGGCUCGAGGACCUGGCCGAGAUCAUCUCGGGCGUCGACGACAAGUCGCGCGUGGGCGUGUGCAUCGACACGUGCCACGCCUUCGCGGCGGGCUACGACCUGCGCACGCCCGAGGCCUUUGGGAAGGUGAUGGCCGAGUUCGACCGCGUUGUCGGGCUCAAGUACCUGCGGGCCCUCCAUCUCAACGACAGCAAGGCGCCGUUCGGAUCGCACCGCGACCUGCACGCCAACAUCGGCACCGGGUUCCUGGGAUUGCGCGCGUUCCACAACGUCAUGAACUACGAAGGGUUCCAGAACCUGCCCAUGGUGCUGGAGACGCCAAUCGACCGGAAGGGCGAGGACGGAAAGACGGUCGAGGACAAGCAGGUCUGGGCUGACGAGAUCAAGCUCUUGGAGUGGCUCAUUGGCGCUGAUCCGGAGGGCGAUGAGUUUAAGGAGAAGGAGCGGAAGCUUUCUGCCAAGGGCGAGGGCGAGAGGAAGAAGAUCCAGGACCAGGUCGACAAGAAGGCGGCCAAGGAUGGUAAGAAGAGCACCAGGAAGAAGGGAAAGAAAGCCUCUUCGGACGAUGAGGACAGCGAGGACAAUGGGAAUCAGCAAAACUUCAUGAAAACCUGGAUGAAGAAGACAAAAUGA